AUGGAUGCUGCCGUCGGCGCAGGUGUGCUGCCCGUGGUGCUCGUCGUCGUGACUAUACCAGUAGUCUCGCUGAUACCUCCCAUGAUGAUGCCAAUCAUGUCGAUGCCGUCCGUGCUGCAAAUCGGCGCCGCGGGGAGCCCCAGCCUCUCGGCCAAGGUGGACGUCCUGGCAGAGACCAUCGAGGCGCACCGGUGGGACGCCGAGGCGCAGGGCCGGGCAGUGGAGGCCCUGCGCGCGGAGGUCGGCGCCCUCCCAGCGGCCCUGGAGGAGCUGCGGAGCAUCUUCGACAUAGAUGCCAGCAAGCGCCAGCUGGAGGAGACGCUGCGGACGCUGGGCUCCUUGAGGGACGCCCUGUCGCAGGACAAGGCGCGCUUCGAGCAGGCGUGCGAGCAGUGCCGGGCGGAGGCUGGCGAGGCGCGCAGGCAGUGCGAGGCGCUGGCGCAGGAGCUGGCGCCUCUGCGGUCGAGGCUCGAGGAGGCCCACGAGGUGCUGCCCAAGCUAAGGGAUCUCCAGCGGGCCAUCGACAAGCUCUCUGCAGAGCAGGCGUUGAGCAAGAGCGUGGUCGACAGCCGCCUCGUGGAGGUGGGUCUGGAGGGGGCCGCCCGCGAGGAGGAGCUUCAGAAGGCUCUUGCCGCGUCCCGGGCGCAGACGCAGGCGCUGCUGGCCAAGCAGGCGGAGAACUCGCGGCUGAUGAGCGAGGCGCUGCUCGCGGACUUCCAGGGCCAGCUGGAGAAGGAGGCGGCGUCCCGAGAGGCGCAGGCCGCGCACCUGGAGCAGCGGGUGCGGCUGCAGCUGGAGGACCGCGUCGACGCGGUGCAGAGGGCGGUCGCGGCGGUUGAGAGGCAGCAGAAGCAGAGGGAAGGCCACACGGAGCGGGUGACGAGGAGCUCGUCCGGCAACUCUCCGCGCCACGAGGAGCUCGUCCGGCAGAUACGCGACCUGCGGGAAGCCUUCAUCACCAACCUCGCCAACGAGAAGGCCGAGCGGGAGGUGUCCAUCAAGGAGCUGCAGGGCAAGGUCGGCAACAUCGGCUUCCUCUUCGCGGAGGUCGGCCAGAAGUUCACCCAGGGCUCCAGGAAGCCCAGCCCCGCGGCGACGCCCAACGGCGCGCGGGCCCUGACGCCGACCCAGCAAUGGGCGGCGCCCAGGGGCGACCUGCGCCGGCCCUUUGCCUUCGGAGCGCCAGCCAGCGGUGCUCCUCUGAGGCCUGGCCACCUGUCCCCGACGGCCACCCUCGGAGUCCAGGAGCCGGCGUCCCCAGGCACCUCCGCAGGGGAGCCGCCCCAGACGCCGCCAGAGCUCACGGAGGCGCAGCAGCGCAGCCUGCGGCACGUGCUCGGGCACCAGCGGGUGGAGCUCGUGCUGGAGCCCCCAGCCGCGUCCAGCCGCGACCCUGCCGGGGCGGCGGACUACGCCGCCACCGGGGUGGGCCGCUUGAGGGCGCUGGAGGAGCAGGUGCGCGCCCUCGAAGACCGGGUGCGAGGCCUCGGCACAGCAGAGCUCAGGCUGAAGCAGCCGCUGGAGUUCCGCCCGGCGCUGCGGCUGGAGCCCGCUGCGGCCUGCUUCGAGCAGGAGGGCCUCGCGGUGGAGAUCUUGCAGGAUGUGGCGGAGGUUCUCAAGGUCUACAGGACGGCCACGGUCCUCAUCGAGGGGCACGCCGAGGUGCCCCUGGAGAGGAUGGACAGGUGGUCGACGGAGGUCGCCAUGGGGCGCGCCGAGCUGGUCAAGGCGACCAUCGCGAGGUUCGGCGUGGACCCGCAGCGCCUGGAGACGCGGGGGCUCCCCGAGCACACGUCGAACCCCGGGCAGGCCGUGACCCUCAAGAUCCCGAGCUUCUGAGGCGCGACGGGCUGUUUGUUGUGGCCUUCCGCCCGCGCGCCUCGCUGGUCCGCGCUCGGCUGCGAUGAUCCGAGUCCGGAGGUUGUUGUGCGUGUGUUGGCCCUGGGGCCCUGGCGCAUCGCCCAUCGGCUGCGCCGUCACCCCUCCCUCCCCUGCAACGGCGGUCAGGCGCUUCGGCUCGGCGGGUCUCACCGAGCGCGUUGCACCACUCGCAAGGUGCCUACCCGCAAAUGUCCGAACAGCACAUGUCUGCUUCGCGGUCAGGCAUUUCGGCUCAGGGGAGGUCGCGCCGCCGGUUCCGGCCCACCACCCCUCGGCGCGACGCGCCAUCUGCA